GCGUCGCCGCGAUGGAUAUCCUUAGCUCGAUCAUGAUGGCGUUCGAUCACGCCAAAGGAGAUCGCAAGAUAUCCGACGUGGAAAUCAUCAACGGCCGCGCGCCCGAGGCUCACUGGCCCAAGCUCGAGAACUUGAAAGAGCUCUACUUGGAGGGGGUUCCUCGAGUGAAAUCCGCUCCGUUCCUCCGACGUUUGCUCACAAACUUCCCGAAUCUAGACGUUCUGGAUCUUGAAGGUACUCAGCUGAACGAAGACGAUAUCGUUGCAAUCGCCCAGCUCUUGCCCAAUCUCCGGGAACUCUACCUGGGUCACACUGGACUCAGAGACACGUCAAUCAUGCGGCUGGUGUCCAGCGGAUGCCUCUUUGAGAGGCUGCAAAUCGUCUGCUUGUGCGAAACCAACAUAUCGGACGUUGGCCUCGAAACCCUGGUCAGCGUGUGUCCAUCGCUGCGUUCGGUCACCGUGAAGCGCUCGCUGGUGAGCAGCAAAACCGCAGAGGCUUUGCAGGCGCUCCACCCCGGUCUCCAAGUCGACCGGGUGGCCGCGGAGGAAAUCCUCCACAGAUUCAGUGCCGAGAACUCCGCGCCGUUUCGUCGUAGACCCGUCGCCGUGACCCACAUUAUGGCAGUGUUCCCCGAUCAGGGCUGCGAUCGCUUCAGUUUGAAGCACCAUCUCCGCAGCAUGAAAGAAAAUAUUUAA